UUAGAAACACUCGUUACAUUUCAAAACGCUUGUUCCCACUCAAGUUCAGACUUUCGCAGUACAAUGGAUCGAACAACACCGUUGAAGAGACCACGAACCGCAGAUCCAUCUCCUACCAAUUACAAUUACUACGGGAACAGCAUUAGCAACGACGAAGCAAUCAGAAGGCACAUUCAAGAAAUACUUACAGAGUUACAACAGGCGAUUAGCAGCAAACAACGCGUGCGCGCCCUCCGGAACUUGUUGCAUUUCUUACGAUACGACCCCUCCACACGGCUUUGUCGAUGCCCUGCUUCAACUCUCGAAUGUUUUGUUCACGGAAAAUGUAUACAAUUGUUGUGUCUUCAGCUGGGAUACGCAAUCGGCCGUCAUCGCUUUGAUCACGGGAAUCGAUGCGGCCCAUGGGGUCAGAACCACGAAAUUCUUUUGAUUUCGACGGUCCUAGACAUUUUCUACCGAUAUUGUCCAGAGCUCGUCACGGAACAUUCCAUCCAGAAAAAUGGAUCGGAGGUCUUGCGCCUCUCACAAGAAGUUUUCAUUAAUUAUCAACGGGAGGGAGUUGGGCAGGACCAAACACAAGAAAAGAGUGGGAUGCGCGGCUCUGGAGAUUUUCUAUCUAUUGUGUCGAUUUGGCAUUCGUGUUCCUCCUGCAGCCUUGGAACAAUGCUGUUGCUGCAGCACCCAGGAACUCUAAAAGCGAUCAACUACAUCCUAUCGUCGAAAAUGCACCAAUCACAUCACGAUACUAGCAGAAUAGAAACGAUAAUGGAAUGCCUGGGACUCCUAAAAAAUCUAACAUAUUUCGGAGAGGACCAUCGACAAGAAAUAGUCGACCAGACAAAUUUGCUCACGACAUUGACACGACUAACGGAUAUUCCCAACAAAAAGACUCGUGAGCGGUUGUCAGCUGUCUUCCGGAAUCUUGCGUUGUCGGCUGAUCUAAGGUCUCGGCUCACUAAGCAAACAAACGUUCUGGCUGCCAUUGUUCGAAUGGCGAACUUCGGUUUGAUUGAAUGCAACAACCUCAAUGGUCACGACAGCCACCACGAGAAUGCCAACUGCAAGAAGAAUACGCUGCGGAAUAUUCUGAGCACUGUAGCAAAUCUCGCAAUCGACAGGAGCACAAACCAUUUGAUGGUCUUUUACGGGGAUGGAAUACUCAUUGAGGAAUUGAAACAGUUCUUGGUACAGGGCGAAGAUUUUGUCCUUCGGAAACGUGCUUCUAGGGCGUUACGAUUAUUGGCAAAGAAUCCAUCGUCGGCCCCCCUCUUGAUCAUGCAGAAUAACCAGCUAUUGGAAAUUCUGUCGGAUCUAGCACUAAACGAUGAGAAUGAUUCCGUCCGUGUGGAGGCCACCGAAGCCUUUGCAGCGUGUGCAGAACUAAUUAGAGCGCCCAUGACUCAACACAAUAAUAUUCUAGAUGCGUUAACUCACAUGCUGAUCACCUCUACGAGAAGGAUAUCGCCGUCGAGGGUGAAUCUAGAUAUUGUUGCACGAACUUUACAGGAGCAAGCCAGUCACCAAAUCAACAAGAGGGCUAUGAUCAGGCGAAAAAAUUUGCUUGCAGCGCUCGCUAAUGUUAUUCUUAGCGAACAUGCCACACUGAGUGCCAAGGAGAGUGUGAGUGCCACCUUUGUGAAUCUCUCUGAGGAAGAAGACAAUCAAGAAAUUAUCUCGAUACCCAUUAUUUUGAUUGCGCUGGUGCAUAUAUUGUUAGAUAGGCCCAGUGUACUGGAUGCCAACAACGCCGUCGCGAAUGUCAGGGCCAGUGUUGAUCGAAUCAUUACCAGUCGAAUUCGAGAAUCUAGCGUCCGAACUAUUCUCAAUCUUGCAAAGACACCGUCAAAUCGACAGGCGAUGGCAAAGCAGACCGCAUUAAUUCAGUCCUUGUUGCGGUUUGCAGCGGCGUCAACAACAAACGAUGAUUUGAAAAAGCAAGUGAAAACGGUCAUACUUCAGCUCGCAGCAGAAUUGUAACAAUUUCUAACAGUACCCUAGAAAUACUACGCCUAAAGUGACAAUUGAAAUUAUAUUGAUCGAGGCAUUGGGAGCGUUAAUUUAACAUUCCAAACAUUAACACUGUAGGCCUGCGUAGAAAUGAAUACUGGGUUUUGCUUGAAUCAAGCAUACAUUAAUGUUGAAAUGUUAGCAGGCAAGGAUGUUGUUCUCCCUUUUUUUUGGUCCCUUGUGCAAGACUGAAAUAAUUGUUUUGGGAAGUUGGCACUCUGCCACUUUGAAGAAUAGGGAUACUAGGAUCUACAUAGGCCAACGGUGAUAUACUGACAUUCAGAACGUUAAUUCUAACAUCUGGAAUGUUAAAUUAGCGUUCCCGAUGCCUGAAUAAACAUAAUUUGAAUUG